AUGAGGCAACUGCCGUGUCAACCCUGGCACGAUUUGGCAAUGGACUUCCUGGGGCCACUACCGUCCGGUGAGUCUAUCCUAGUACUUAUUGAUAUGUACAGUAGAUAUAGAGUUGUCGAGGCUAUGGACACUACCACCUCCGACGAUAUCAUAAAUGUAUUGACGCGAAUAUUCUUCCGACUGGGAAUUCCAGAAGUUUUUAUAUCCGACAACGCUAAAAACUUUUCAAGUAGUAAAAUAAGUGCUUUUGGCAAGAAAUUUGGUAUUCAGUUGGAGCAUACUAUACCAUAUUGGCCAAGAUCUAACGGCGAAGUGGAGAGGCAGAACAGGUCGAUCCUGAAGAUAUUACGCAUUGCUCAAGUGAACGGGACAGACUGGAAACACGAUUUGGAAGAGGCGAACUAUGUUUACUCAAUGAUCAAUCAUCCCGCAACAGGUCGUUCACCAGCUGAAAUGGCUUUCGGUAGGAAAUUUAAAGACUGGAUCCCAGAAGUUAUUUGUGCUAACGACAAUUUUUAUGCAGAGAUCAAAGACCAUGAUUGGAUUUAUAAACAGAAAUCAAAGACACGAUACGACACAGAGGAUAGAACCGAAGAAUCAAAUUUACAACCGCGAGAUCGCGUUCUAAUGCGAAAUUUAGUCUCUCAAAACAAGUUAUCUUCGUCGUAUAACCCAGAGCCGGCUACAGUUCUAGAAAAGAAAGGAAACAGUGUACUUGUACAGAUGGACAACGGGAAAAGAUAUCGACGAAACUCAGCACAUGUAAAGAAGCUUGUAGAACCUGAAGGAGUCGUCGAAGUCAGCCAGCAGAAACAACAAUGUUCGAACAACGAUACGCCAUUUUCUGAGAUAGUCGAUAGAUCUCUAACACCAGCUGCAGAAUUUGUUAAGAAUCAAAGCGAACAGUUAGAAAGACCGCGUCGUGAGGUUAAGCGUCCGUCAUACUUCGAAGACUAUGAAAUAGAUAUUUAA